UGUCUAGCAUGCAGCAACGCUCGUAUUGAUGUCUGCAUCCAGCCAUGUGGCGGGCGGAGAGCGAAUCAUGCACACACCACGCCCGCGGAAGGACAAUAGCUGUCGCAGAGGCACGGAACGCUCAUCUGUACCUACUUGACUGGCUUCCCUCGGCCCCAUUCGUUCUCCCAGGUUCCAUCGCUCGGUCCAGUCCUUGACCCAACACAUAGCACGGUCGCCCUAUUUCCACCAUGGAGCCACGUAUGACAGGGCCGACCGCCAGUACCUCAUCAUCUGCUACCCUUAGCCAAUGGUCUACCACAGAUGUUUCCCGGUUCGGGCUGGAAACUGAGAUGCAUGGACUCUUGCUCACAUUCAAACGCACCGACCCCGCGGACGUCGUCUUUUGGCCUGCGCACCCCAAGAAUGCACAAGGCCAGGACAUACGCUUGGGCUCGACGAUGGUAGGCGCGUAUCCGAUCCUCGUCCCGUAUGAUGGCAGCACAUACCGCCUUCCCGGAGCCGGCAAGACUGACGCAGAUGUCGACUGGACCUCAUUUUGGGGCUUUCGGGCUGUAGCCGAUUCUUUCCUCACUCUGCAAUUCGGACGCCAACCUGUGCCCGAUCAAUAUAUACUAGACAAUAUCGCCGGAUGUGCCUUGGAGUUACAAACGCCGGCGCAGGACGUCUCCGAUGCGGAUUACUGGGUGUUUGUUCGACGCUGCCUCCAGGCCUUCCGGAACACCAUGACGCUCUUCAGCUGCGCGGCUUACGCGGGCCGUCAGGAUCUCAUGGUGUUAUCCAGCCGUAACGAUCGUUGGUUUCCCCUCGGCGACUUCCUUGAUAUGUACAAUGCUUCGGUGGACGCCAUACAAGCACCCGCAGGACGACCUGGCUGGCCGAGGGACAAGUUCAAGCUCAGAGUGUCGGAUCACCUGACAAAGUUGGCUGGAGGCACUUCGGAGACAGACGGCAAGUGGGUGCCAUUCUUCAGUAUCAAACGAAAUUUCUCGAUCCUGGUGCGGCCCCCAAAUACCACCCUCAACCAUCCCCAAUCCUGGGCUCAUCCGAGUGAACCCAACAUGGCUGGUCUGUUCUCCGAUGUGCAGCUCACGUAUGACUUGAACAUCUCCACCCUGCUUACGAACAUGGAGGCAUGGCAGAACCUGUGGGGCUCUACAUGGCUGGUAAAGGCCACAAAGAUAACGAACGAGGAGUUGUGGCUUGAUCCGGCGAACGGCACCGAACGCUGGAAAAAGACACCGAUGCCAGAUGUCUACGCCAUCCAAACCUUCCGCGCACUCUGGGGAGUUGCAAUACAAGCUGCGGGGGCGUUGGUCCAGCGACUGCAGACCGACGAAUGGCCCAGCGACGAUGCUGUUUUCCACUCCACUCUGGCUGCCUUGUUUGCGUAUGUGUUCGUGGCCGGCUCUAUCAAGUACCGAGCUGGCCUCACCUCGACAGCUAAAAAUGCCUUUCCACAGUUACCCAAGACAGCCCCGGCAUCAGUUGCGCGCGAGCUGGCGCAACUUUUCCCGCAUUGCACAGCUAUCCUCCAGGACUUGAGCGGUAACUUUGAGACUCAACAAGCCCAAAACCACUGGAUUGGUUAUCUAGAAUCGAUGACCCUGCCUUCUGGCGGACCGUGCGAGGGGCCACCGACAUAUGACAAAUCUGGUGCAAUCUUGCUGACACCGCUUGGGACACUUAACGAUGCCUUUAUCGAUAUGUGGAAAGGGACAUUCGACCUGAAAGGCACUGAUGCCGACUACGCCAAUGCGAAGACCCAAAAGGGGUUCUGUAGCGAUCGGCCGUUCUUCGUGUUUUGGGCAAGCGAUGCGCAGUCCAGCAAAGGCGCAAUCACUACCAAGAUCAAUACAAAGUCCAAGGAAGGCAAAGUCACAACAACGACGGGGGUUAAAAUCCUAAUGGAGAGCAGAUACAGCAGCUCCAUACUCAACUAGGGGUUCAAUGCCUAUGCCACGGAUGCCAUGUUCAAGCAGAGUUACCUCAGUCUCGUCAAAUUCAUGGCGCCCGAAACUCUACCGAACGUCGA